GAUCGAGUCCCGGUCCGGACUUGAACCUGAACCUGAUUCAGUAUGAAAACUGCUUGUGAAUGGACGAUACUCACGACAGAAAAAUCUGCUUGGUGGAGUAUUCGACUCCUACAAGGCGAACUGCCUCUGUAAGAUUGACAGUAAUACAUGGUGAAAUUUGCUGCCGCCGCCUCUGUGACAGAAAUGUUAAUUACUCUACUUUUUUAUUUCUUAUUUUUAUCAUUUACGGUAUUUCUUUAAAUCUAGUGGUCAUAUAAUACGUCGUUAUAUAGUUACAAGAGUUAGAGUAGACGGGUCGCAAAAAGACCCCCACCUCCGGUCCAGGGAUGACAAAAAGAGCCCGGUCUCUUGUUCACUUGGCUGAAAAACUUAUUAUUUUUCCUUUCAUGGACUGCGGAUAAUUCUGCACUUGGCCUUGAUGAUUUAGCACCUGACCCAUCACGAUUCGGCACAAUAGUUAUUUUUCACAUUAUGUGUAUGCAUGCUGUACAACUUGAUUUGUAAAAAAAAAUCUAUGCAAAUACACAAAUGAUAAACUUCGUUUAGUCGGUUAGAUUUAGGUGAGUAUUUUUCAUUCAAUUAUGCCUAAUGACCAAGUGUGCUUACAAAGAAAAGCAAACAUCUAGAUGCAUACCGUUUGCUCAUUGAAUUGGCGGGCAUAAAAGGUGCCCAUUUUUAAAGAUCGAAUCCAAUGGUCAUGAGACCGAAGCCGAAAUGCCACGUUGCACCGCCAUCUUGAUAACCUUUAAACCCGGAACCCUUCAUUGUUGAACUCGUACUUGACUUGUCCUGAUCAGAGAGUUUUCCUUUUGCUAUUCCCAUCGCUUGUUCGCUCCGCCCGAGACCAAAAGAUGGGUUCACGAUGUGCCCUGCUGUCGGUGCUAUUUCUCGGUGUCAUGACGACACAUUUUUCAGCCGGACUGAUCAAAUACAAGGAUGUCAUCAGCGGCGACGAAAUGUUCAGCGACAUGUACAAGAUCGAAGUUAAAAAAUUCUACGACUACGAUCUUUUCUACGAAGUUGAAGGCAGGAUGGUGACGCCUGAGUUCGACAACCCGGAGUACGACAUGAGCUUGCCCGGUGAAGACCCCGUUUAUCGGGUGGUUUAUCGUGCCGUUGACAUCGUUCUUGAUCACCAUCUCCAACAAACCAACUUCACCAAGGACCAGUACUUUACAUACAUCAAAGAAUACGGCAGCAAAAUCGCGAUGCGUCUACACACUGACAGGGUUAGGAUUAAAUUCCGCGGUGCGCUUGAGCACGGAAUGAAAACGCUUAUUCUGGGGCACUUCAAAGACUGGGAGUUCUUCACAGGAGAAUCGAAGAACAGCGAAGGCAUGGUGGCUCUGUUGAACUACAGGAGCGAUGAUGUCACUCCCUACAUGCUCUUCAUCAAAGACGGCUUGGAGGAGGAGAAGGCUUAAUCAUGUAAAAAUGGACAUCUAGCUCGCAGCUUACCUCAAACUCUCUGCCUUACUCUCCAAGCAGAGGUUCGGCGGGCAGUGAUAAAGAAAACGGUACAAAAAGGAAAGUUCGACAAAAACGCCUAAACACGUCAAAAACGUAACAGCCGUAGCCGAGCCUGAGUAUCCACGCCUGGACACUCCUCGGAAUGGCUGGAUAUUUGUCUCAAACUAUGUCACGGUUUAGCUUGGCUCUCCAGGCCAUUUCUACGUAUCGACCGACAUGCUAGUGCCACCCGUUUGCCGCGCCGUACCCACCUCUAUUCUCUCGACAAAUAUGCCGCCCGACAAGCCCACUACUAUCCACGCCGUCGUCCAGUGCUGCAACCACCUGUAGCCUUCCUUGGCCAUGUCACCCUGCCUGCGGCCGUCCUGCCACGCUGAAGCCGUGCCGACCUGCUCCAGACCUCGCGAACCCAGUCAGCCCUCGUGUCGUCGACCACCGACCGACCCCAGCCUAAGCUCUACACUUCUCUUCUUGCCGAUGAACUGUCACGACCGUAGCCCUCGUAGCUGCUUCACACUGGACCUGUCGUAGGAACUAGACUUCUGACGUGACAUGUGUGACCUUUCCUACGAACUCUAACUUGCUUCAGGAAUAACUCUGAACAUUUUAGUUCCCAACAAGGUACUGUUGAACAAAUUGCAUGUUACUGUAUGUUUCCUUUUAUCGUACCCUUACGGGUAACGACUACUAAAAUAAUGUGAUAAAUAGGCCGUAUAGU